AGCCUCUUCUCAGGGCACACCUGGGGAGCCCAAAGAGAGCACCCCACCCGCCGCAUAGCACUGCCACUCUCUGGCCAGUCUCUGCGCGCAGGAACUCCUUAAAAAUAGGUAGCCAAUGUGUUCUAAAUGGAUUUUCCUGAAGUUUUCGUUCCAGCCAUAGCAGAUCACUUUUGGAACCAGUUCCUGAAAUCCUUUGACAGGACCGGUGGGGGGGAACAGGACAAGUGCUUGCAGCUCUGGGAGAAUCCCUCUAAAAUACAUCGCUGCCUUUCAGAGUAAGAACUUAGUUUCAAAAAGCAACACAACCAUGUUCUUUGUAAAUGUUUCUGGACAGAGUUACUGGUUCUGAUACAAAGUUAAUUUUAAGUGGAAAGAGAAAUGGUUAUGAUUUGCUUGUUAAGCAGCAACCCCUCUCCCCUUCUGUUAACUUGAAAACCCAGAGCGGCUUUGAAUUGCUGAGCAGAAGUCGACGCCCGGCCCCACCUGCCUCUCUGAGCUCAGCGCCCCCUUCUCUCCCCCAGUCUGGGUUUCUCUGGAUCAUUGCAGCGUGUUAACCCCCGCCCUGCAGCUGGGCUGGCGGCGGCUGCUGCUGCGGUCCUUUGCUCUCUGGGAUCUGGAUGAAGUAGUCUCUGCCGGAGUCCUCCGGCUCAGGCCACAAUGGCUUUCCACGUGGAAGGGCUGGUCGCCAUCGUGGUGUUCUACCUGGUCAUCCUGCUGGUGGGCAUCUGGGCUGCGUGGAGAACCAAGAACAGCGGCAGCGCAGAGGAGCGCAGCGAGGCCAUCAUUGUGGGAGGCCGCGACAUAGGCCUGCUGGUGGGGGGCUUCACCAUGACAGCUACCUGGGUCGGAGGAGGGUACAUCAACGGCACAGCGGAAGCAGUGUACGUGCCAGGCCAUGGCCUCGCAUGGGCUCAGGCACCCAUCGGAUAUUCUCUUAGUCUGAUUGUAGGAGGUCUAUUCUUUGCCAAACCUAUGCGCUCCAAGGGCUACGUGACCAUGUUAGACCCGUUCCAGCAGAUCUACGGGAAGCGCAUGGGCGGCUUACUGUUCAUCCCUGCACUCAUGGGAGAAAUGUUCUGGGCAGCAGCGAUUUUCUCUGCCUUAGGGGCCACCAUCAGUGUGAUCAUCGACGUGAACAUGCACGUGUCCGUCAUCGUGUCUGCACUCAUUGCCAUCCUGUACACACUGGUGGGUGGCCUCUACUCUGUGGCCUACACGGAUGUCGUUCAGCUCUUCUGCAUAUUCCUAGGACUGUGGAUCAGCGUCCCCUUUGCCCUGUCUCAUCCUGCGGUGGCCGACAUCGGGUUCACGGCAGUGCACACCAAGUUCCAGGAUCCCUGGCUGGGAACCAUUGAACCCUUCGAGAUCUACACUUGGUUGGACAACUUCCUGCUGCUGAUGCUGGGCGGAAUCCCGUGGCAGGCCUACUUCCAGAGGGUGCUGUCCUCGUCCUCAGCCACCUAUGCGCAAGUGCUGUCCUUCCUGGCAGCCUUUGGGUGCCUGGUGAUGGCUCUCCCAGCAGUGCUCAUUGGGGCCAUUGGAGCCUCCACAAACUGGAACCAGACCUCCUUUGGGCCUCUGGAUCCCAAGGACAAGGGCGAGGCAGACAUGAUCCUCCCGAUUGUGUUGCAGUACCUCUGCCCUGUGUACAUCUCCUUCUUUGGCCUGGGUGCAGUGUCCGCUGCUGUCAUGUCCUCAGCCGACUCAUCCAUCCUGUCGGCAAGUUCAAUGUUUGCAAGGAACAUCUACCAGCUAUCCUUCAGACAAAAUGCAUCAGACAAAGAAAUUGUCUGGGUCAUGCGAAUCACAGUGUUUGUGUUUGGAGCAUCUGCCACAGCCAUGGCCUUGCUGACCAAGACUGUAUAUGGGCUCUGGUACCUCAGCUCUGACUUGGUCUACAUCAUCAUCUUCCCACAGCUCCUGUGUGUGCUCUUCAUCAAGGGGACCAACACAUAUGGGGCAGUGGCAGGGUAUGUGGCAGGGAUCUUCCUGAGAAUAACAGGAGGGGAGCCCUAUCUGUACCUGCAACCUCUGAUCUACUACCCUGGGUACUACAUGGACAACGGUAUCUACAACCAGAGGUUCCCAUUUAAGACCCUUGCCAUGGUGACCUCAUUCCUAGUCAACACCUGUGUCUCCUAUCUAGCCAAGUAUCUAUUUGAAAGUGGAACCUUGCCACCAAAAUUGGAUGUGUUUGAUGCUGUUGUUGCAAGGCACAGUGAAGAAAACAUGGAUAAGACAAUUCUGGUCAGAAAUGAAAAUAUUAAAUUAGAUGAACUUGCACCUGUGAAACCUCGACAGAGCCUAACUCUGAGCUCAACGUUCACCAAUAGAGAGGCACUCCUUGAAGUGGAUUCCAGCCCAGAAGGAUCAGGGACUGAGGACAACUUAUAAAGACCCACCUACCAUUGCUUUCCCAAACAGAGCACUGUAGGAGGGCAGUCCUGGAAUGAUGGUUUGCAAACUAUAAAACACAUAUUAAAAUAUAAAACACAUAUUAAAAUAUAAAUAAAGUUCAAGAAGACAAAAUCCUGCAGAAAGUAAAAAAUAAGUCCUAAAGGAAGAGUUCAGGAAAAAUACAUGUCAAGCUAGGAGCAACAGCUGUGAAGCAACAACUUUAUUUCUCAUCUGCAAUAGCUUCAAUUUUGAUGCUAGAUAGUUUUGUUAAGUAUAAAAGUGAAUAAAUCCUCAAUCAAAAAACACAUCGCCAAACAAAAUUUAUCCUUGUCUUGAAAAAAGGAAAUACACAAGAAUGAGGCUAAGAGAGAAGAAAUUGGCCAGGCUUUAUGCAUAUUGUUGGCUACAUCACUGGCAACUCAAUUUGACUGCAUACAUGGAGGCUGUGCCACUCCAGUAAAUGAUGUGAUGAGUGAACCACUGAUUUUUCUUCCAGAGAUGAUUGACCCCUUCUUUCAUGAUCUGAGCUAUAACAUUUACUGAAUAUGCAAUCCACUGUUUUGUUUUGUUUUUUUGUUUUGUUCUGUUGUUGGACGUGGAAUCAAACCCAAGAUCUUGCACAUGCUAUGCAAGCACUCUACCAUUAUGCUACCUCCCAGCCUUGUAAUCUGUUACUCUAUUAAUAACAGCAUAAAUUAUUCUCAGCACAGGCAAAUCAAACACAUAAAAAUUAAUGAAGACUGGGGGCCAGGGAUUUAGCUCAGUAGUUUCGCCUCCUGCCUCGCAAGCACAAGGUCUCUAGUUCGAUUCCUGGUACCAAAAAAACACAAAAAUUAAUGAAGACUGGCAUUAUUUAUGUACAAAGUGUUAGGAAAAUAGAGUCCAUUCUGUGAUUUGAGAGAACACCAGGCUCCUUUGGAUGUAUCUCUAAUACAUAGGUAAAAGUACCUGGAGUUCCAGAAGAUAAUUAGAUGACUUGACAGCAAUAAAUCAAGAAGGACAUCAAGCAAAAAGUGAUAGAAAGAGUAGACUUUUAUCUUUAGUUGAAGGGUAUAAAGUUUUUCCACAUGCUACAAAAAGUAGUGUCUUGGCAUACUAUCUAAAUUAGUAUUGGAAGUAAAAUUGAGCCAUAUAUAAAAAGAGCUAGCUACAUGCACCAGUUAUGCUUGAUGAAAGAGAAACUGAUAAACUAACAUGAAUUUCAUUGAAUAUGUAUUACCAGCAUUUCCCAAAGCACCUCCUCAUAGUAAACCCAGAGACACAAACCCCAUUCAUUUUUGGAUAUUCAUUGAUGAGAUUAUUUAGUCUUGAGGGGUCUACCCUGUGACAUUUUUUCACAUAAGCCAGUUUUAGAGACUGCAAAAAUCACUACCACAAAACAGCAUGCAGUGAAUUUCAAAAUGUGGCAGAAAACAGAGAGCAAAAAUAACUCUUAAUGGGAAGAAGCCAUCAAUUUUAACAUAUAGUAUGUACAUAGCUUUCAUGAAGCCAGUCAUUAAAUAUUAUGUUGCUCCUUUUUGGGGGUUAAAAUGCACACACACACACACACAUGUAUAUAUGCAAUAUACAUAGGAAACAGUUUGUAUCAUACAGAAAGUUCACUAUUAGACACUCAACCCACUAUUAGAAAGAACAACCUGGAACCAGGUUGAAAACACUGGAGUAAACUGAUGAGCUGAGAAGCCGACCGGGGAUGGGCUCCCAGGGCUGAAGCCAGUCUGCACUGCAGAAACUAAAGUAUUUUUCCCAAAAAUGUUUCUCUUUUCCAAUUUACAACCAAAAAGGUGUUAACUCAGUGAUCAGAAAUAAGUAUAAAAGUUGUAUUCCUGACUGUUAGAAUUUCAUUUUAUAGAUUUUAAUUGGAAUUAUCGCAAUUCACUAAAUAAUAUAUCUCCUUUUUCCACAAAAUAGGAAUUAAACUUCCAAGGUAGUUUUUUAAAUGAGAAAUUAAAUAAUUUUAGAUGUCAUAAUAUUUUCAGUACUUUAUCAAAACCUCAUAGUGAAUGUGGCACUGCAUGCAAAAUCUUUACUGAAAUCUUAUCUACCUAAAUGAAAAGAGAAUUCCUUUAUUCAACACUUUCCUCAAAAUCAACUCAGUACUUUCCAGGGCACAUUUUUGGGACCUGUGAAUAGGGAGCUCCAAUAUUUUCAGACAGGCUCUGAGAAACAACCCAGUCCUGCCCAGUAUAUUAAAACUAGAGAAAUAAUUUAAACAAAUAAAGUAAGCCCAUUAUUUCCCAUCUAUUCUCAAACUAGAUGUAUCAAAAUAUAAACAAGGUUAUAUUUUAAGUCUAAAAAUGGAAAGAAUAAAACAACAGUCUCAAGAUCUUCAUUUACUUAUACCCAUUUCUGCAGAAAUUCCCCUCCAAUUCCCAGGGAAGAAGCAAAGUUGUGGGGUGUAGACAGGCUCAGUUUGACCUCGUGGGUGAGUGGACAGCACUAAAUUCAUCCAGCUUCACACAGUGGACUUGAUUUUCAAAAUUCAUCCUCAGUGAAAAUAAAAUGACCAACACAUUUUAGACACUGGUUAUCUUAACCUUUGGAGGUGAGACCUGUGGCUAAAACAUAGAAUAAAACAGCUAUUCUAUUUUCAUACUUUUACAAUCAUUGUAACAUGUUCUUGAGUAAUUUUAUUUUUUUCCCUACACAUUCAGAACAUUGAGCUUGUAGCUGGACUGAGAAGCCAAAAACAAGCCUCCAAAUAGUGUCAAAAGCCCGCUUCAUUGCUACACUUAUAUAAGUAGUAAAUUUUAUGUGAAUAUCAAAUGAAUGUAAGCCUGAAAUAAGUGAAUUUAGUAUAAUAGCUAUUCACUUUUUUAUUUGAAAUAAUGAAUUAGCAUUAUAUUUUAAACAUAAUGAAUUUUUCCUUUUUUAGCCUUCAAGAAAAUUUAGUAUAAUGUAUAAUUUAUUAUGUUUGCUAUAAAGUAUAACUUAUUGUAAGUUUGCUACUGAACAGACAGAUGCAUAUAAUGGUUCUAAAACAUAUAUUUUUGUCUGUCAAAAUAUUAUACAUAAAGUUAUGCUUAAAAUAAGUAGAUUUGCAACUAUACAUGUAAAUGUUUUAAAUGUAAUGGUCUUUAUUAAAUUGUGCUAGUGCAAUUGUUGAGGUUUGGCUUUCUGGGGCCCUUUUAAAAUAAAUGUCAAUGGUGCUGAAUA